AUGGGUCGCUUGCAGGAAUACCAAGUCAUUGGGCGCCAUCUGCCCUCUGACAGCAACCCUUCACCGAAGCUCUACCGCAUGCGCAUCUUCGCCCCGAACGAUGUCGUCGCAAAGAGCCGCUUCUGGUACUUCUUGGCCAAGCUGCGCAAGAUCAAGAAGGCAAACGGUGAGAUCGUGAGCUUGAACAAGAUCCACGAGAAGCGCCCACAAAAGGUCAAGAACUUCGGUAUCUGGAUCCGCUACGACUCCCGCUCCGGCACGCACAACAUGUACAAGGAGUACCGCGAGAUGUCCCGCUGCGACGCAGUGCAGGCCAUGUACCAGGAUAUGGCGUCGAGGCAUCGUGCUCGGUUCCGGACGAUUCACAUCCUCAAGGUCGUCGAAGUCAAGAAGGUCGACGACAUCCGCCGCCCCUACAUCCGCCAACUCCUCCAGAAAGACCUCAAGUUCCCUCUGCCCCACCGCAACCCACCGAAGUCGAACAAGCAUGUGUUUGCCGCGAAGAGGCCUGCCACGUUCUACUAG